AUGGCUGUAGCGCGACCUAUCCUGGGAUUGAUUUCCCUCAUCCUCUUGGGCGCUGGACUUCUCUUCCAAUUCUUCGUCAUCCUGUCGGGCGUCUCAAACACCACCCCCCUCAACAAGACAUACUUCCUCCAGGUCGACACUGCAGGAACAUCUGCUCCCCGCAACCCCUCUCGCUGGACCUUCUUCUACGUUUGCGGUGAACAAAAUGGCCUCAACGCGAACUGCGGUUCUCCCGUUCCUGCUCUUCCCUUCGACCCUCCAAGAAACUUCGGCAGCGACCAGGGUGUUCCUCAAUCUUUCAUUGGAACUCACCACUACUACUACCUCUCGCGUUUCAUGUUCGCUUUCUACCUGAUCGCCCUCUUCUUCGCUGCCUUGGCUUUCUUCACUGGUAUCCUUGCUCUCUGCACUCGUCUCGGUUCAUACCUCUCCGGUCUCACCGUUGCCGUCGCUGCCUUCUUCCAGGCUCUUGCUGCCGCUCUCAUGACUGCAUGCUUCGUCCAAGGCCGCAACGCUUUCCGUCGUAACGGUCAAGAUGCUCGUCUCGGUCGCUACGGUUUCGGCUGGACCUGGGCUGCCUUCGCCGCCUACUUCCUCUGCAUGAUCCUCUUCUGCGUCGGCGGUGCCGUUUCCAAGUCCUCCAGCACCACCCGCACUCCCAAGAAGGGCGGCAUGUUUGGUCGCAAGGCCAGCACCCGCUCCCGCGGCAGCUUCAUCGACUCUGAAUCCCAGAGACGCGUCAAGGAAGAGUACGAGUAA